GCUAACGAGGGUUUUAAGCCACCGCAAGUGUCCGUGGGACGGUCUCGAGGGCCCAGCUGUCCGUUUUGUGUGCGUGCCAUCACGUCAGCUAGCCGUUAGCAGAGCUAGCGCGUUAGCCUGGCUAGUUGAGUAUCACAAACAAAAUGACUUUCAUCUGGUCAGCGAUUUUAACUCGGUCAUCUGUGCCUAAUAUUAACUACUUUCGAAGGAAAAUAUUCGCUUUCGAUGUCGCCUUGACGCUGACACCAAGUCGAUUUGUUGUUUGUCGCGCUCCUCGGGUCAAAGACAAAAUGUUUUUCUAAUUGCGGAGCCGCUCUCAGCUGAUUUUUCCUGGACAUGCUCCAAAAUAACCUUGUUUAUUCCCCGUUUGUGUGGUAAUCUGCCUUUCAGAUAGUUAAGGAUUGCCCUCUCCCGUCCCCCCUUACCCCCCUUCUCAAACAGCAUGGCUCAGGAGACAAAUCAGACGCAGGUGCCAAUGCUUUGCGCUAUGGGAUGCGGUUUCUAUGGUAACCCUCGCACCAAUGGAAUGUGCUCUGUCUGCUACAAGGAACAUCUGCAGAGACAACAAGGAGGGGGGCGAAACAGUCCCCCAGGUGAGAAAGCUGCCACAUCUCCUGUAGGUUCCCCAGGGGCAUCUGCGGUAACGGUGGAGUCCACCCCUGUACCCACUACAGAAGCCGUUACCCCACCUGAAGAACGCACAUCUAGUAGUUCGCCCAGCCCGGUAACCCAGCAGAUGACUGCUAUGAGCAUAUCCCAGGACACAGCAACCACUGAUUCAGACAGAGCAGAAGCAGAGGAGGAAGAGGAGGAGGGCUCGUCUAAAAGCACAGGGCCAGUAGGGGAAGCUGCACAGGCUUCUUCAGACGGAGAUCAGACUCCUGACAAGAACAAAAAGAAGAAUCGAUGCUUCACUUGUAGGAAAAAAGUUGGCCUCACGGGCUUUGACUGUCGCUGCGGUAACCUGUUUUGCGCUAUCCACCGUUAUUCUGACAAACAUGACUGUCCCUACGACUACCGAGGAGCCGCUGCCGCCCGCAUUCGCAAGGAGAACCCCAUCGUGGUAGCUGAGAAGAUUCAGAAGUUAUGAGGACUGUCAGCUAAACGAGCAAAAAUUUUUGACCUGCAAGUUUUGGAACCAUGGCGCUGAAUAACACCAUUCUAAACUGGGUUCAUGUCUUCAUUGUAGGAUAAGGUGGGUGGGGUUGUAGGGUACAGCCCCUGCUUGGCCACUCCCUAAACUAUCAUCUCCCUGUCUCUCCCAGAAGGCCGGUGUAGAGCUGUGUGUGCGUGAGUGAGUGAAUGAAUGUGUGACAGGUUGAGAUAUGUGAGUGUGUUGUUUUUUUUUCUAGAGAGCCAGGGAGAAGAGGGAUUGGUUGUCAGGUGGGCAUCCAUGUGCUCCGGGGGGAGGGUGGACUCUUUAGUUUUUACCCUGGCAUUGAUUUUUGUUAGGAUAUUAACAUUAUUUUUUUAUAGGAGCCCUGAGAUGUGGGUUCAGGAGUCUGAUUGGAAAGGGUGGGCGGGCGGGCGGAGUGGGACAUCAAGAGGGAAUUUCUCUGAUAUUGCAAAACAUUGAAGAAUAUAGAUUUUAAUGACUACUCCCACAUUUACCCAUGUAAAAUUAUUUUACUGUGUUGUUCUUUUUUUUUUUUUUUUCUUUAUUCUGAUGAAUUAUCCCAACAUGUCAAAUCCCAGCCUGUGCAUUUAAAAAUAUUUC